AAAAAAUAUUUGUAAAAGUGAGCGAUCAUUUGCUAUAUAUGACCCCCCCCCCCCCCCCCCCCCCCAAAAAAAAAAAAAAGUUUCUGCCGUCUUCUUCGCUGUAAAAGGAGAAAAAAAGCAUCUUGAACUCAUAAAUUUGACAGUUUGGGCGUAGAAAUAGUGAAAUUUGGAGCUGUCACUAAAUUACAAAGACGUGAAGUAAGAGUAGAGGGAGGGAGAUCGCGGUUCCGGCUAUACACACAUUAUCGAUUCACUGACAUCAGAAAAUGGCAUGGAGUGCGACGAUGAUCGGAGCCCUUCUGGGCCUCGGCACUCAGAUGUACUCCAAUGCUCUCCGUAAACUCCCUUACAUGCGCCAUCCUUGGGAGCAUUUAGUGGGAAUGGGAUUGGGAGCCGUCUUCGUCAAUCAGCUGGUCAAAUGGGACGCUAAGCUCCAGGAGGACCUUGACAAGAUGCUCGAUAAGGCCAAAGCCGCCAACGAGCGCCGCUACUUUGAUGAGGAUGACGAUUGAUGGGAAAGCGCCCUAUGCAUUUUGCCUUUUUUUAUAUGAAGUCACGUGUUUUUUUUUUUUUGAAAAAAAUAGAAGUUUCCCUUGUUUACGGAGGAUGAGGUCUUGUGGCCAUUUCUCAAUUAUUGACAUUCCAAGUUUUUUGUUGGCUGUUCCUUUGUUUCUUCUGCUCAGCAACUUAAUAGGAAGGAGGGUAAUGUUUGAGGUCUGUAAAAUUAAGGAAUUUGCUAUUUGUGUAAUAAUACAGGCUGCUACUCGCUCUCUUUAAGUUUUAACUUAUGCCUCUGACAUUCAGGCAAACCCAGCUAUGGCAAAUGAAAGUUCUAAUUUUUCUUUUUUC